CACCUCCUCUCGCACCUGGCGCUGCGGGGCAAGGAGCUGCUGCACCGCGGGCUCUGCGGCCUGCUGGGCUGCGGCCAGGCCCUGGCCAGGCAGGUCUGCGAGGGCCUGGCCAUCGGCACCAGCCUGCUGGCCUACCUCAUCAACAGCCUCGUCAACGUGUGCCUCAUCGGCACGCAGAACCUCUUCACCCUGGUCGCGGCCCUGUGGGACUCCGUCGCCGGCCCCUUCCUCAGAGUCACGGACCUGCUGGCCGCUUUCCUCGCGCACGUCUCCAGCGGUGCCAUCGCGGUGUCCAUCCUGCUGUGGUCGCCCUGCCAGCUGGCCUUCGAGCUCCUGGCCUCCGCCGCCGAGCUCUUCAUCAACAUCUUCUUUGUGAAUAUUUAUGGUCUGGUCUUGCUCCUCCUCAUUAUUGUUGUCAGCGCCUUUGUCUUCAACCCCGGGCUGCUGUGGACGCUGACAGGCUACGUGCUGGGCUACUUCAACACGCUGCCUUCCUACCACCGCCUGCAGCGUGAUGUGUGGCGGCUCUACCAGGUGGCAGUCCUGACGCUGGGUAUGGCCAUGACCUCCCAGGCCUGGCGCAGGUUGGUGGACUGGAGCCUGCAGGUGACCAACUGGAGCCAAGGAGGCGGAACGACGAACCGGGAAAGCAACCAGCGAGGGGCAGCUGCGCCCACCCUGAGACUGGCGGCCCCUGGCAGGCUGAUGCUGGCAGGGGUCGGCCAGCUGCCAGCUGAGCACGAGGACCAGCCGGAUGCAGAGCAGGUACCGCAAGCGCGUCCUGCUCUGAGUCGAAGUGCCGUGGCAGGACAGCGUCUCCAGCCGUCCAGGGAGGAACCGAGCACCUCCUGGGGGAAAGCUCUGAGGAGGCAGCAGCUGAACGCAGCAGCUGGGGAUGGUGAGGGCACUCCGGAUAAUGACCCCUGGGUGCUCCUGAAAGAACAAGAGGAACGUAAGAAAUGUGUCAUCUGUCAAGACCAAACCAAGACAGUCCUGCUUCUGCCCUGCAGGCACCUGUGCCUGUGCCAGGAGUGCACGGAAGUCCUCCUGCAGCAGGCCAUCUACCAGCGCAACUGCCCGCUGUGCCGCCAGAUGAUCCUCCAGACGCUCAAUGUGUACUUGUGAACCCAAGGGGCGGGUGGCUUGGGUCAUUUUCCCAGGAGAUCAAGGGCACCCCUGUCUCUGUCUCUUUCCGGGAAGCAGAACUUCCCAGGGCUGCCUCGAGCAGCUUCCAAAGAACUAAGGAUGGUGCUGAAAGGGCAAAAGGCUGUUGGGGGUGUCUGCUAGCCAUAUUUGCUACGUAACUAGAUUGUAGCUCUUGCUAGCAAGCACAAUAACUGAUCUCUGCAGCAGGCUGAAAGAGUUACCUUUUUUCUGUUGACAACUUUUGCUGUUUCAGGGCCUGUUGCCUCAAGCCUGCAGCAGUCUGAGAUCCAAAGCAGAGCACAGAAAGAUGCUCUGGUCCCUCAUAGCCAAAGCUGAUGGAAAGGUUAAAGGCUAUGCCCUCCUGGGAAUCACAGGGGCUGGUGCAAGGCAAGGGAGGGCUUUUCCCGAGAUCUGACCAGAAAACUACCUGGCAGACUGCAUUCACGCCUCUGUUUCCUCCUCCCACCAUCUAAGUGGGGCAGCUCCCUGGGAAGGGAGAAGUGUGCCCCUUUUGCAAGGCCCUAGGAGAGCAAUGAGCACACUCGAGUUUUUUAAGCUUUGCUACCAAAGGGCUGAGCCUGGCUCUCAGCUGGAGAAGAGCAGGGUUUCUGGGGUAUUUCAGUAUCCCAGCCACCAUGGCUUUGGUUUUUGAACUUCCUGUUCCCCUUGCCAGGACAAUGAGGAGCUGUGAUGAACACAGGCUCGCUGCAGGCCGGCUGACUGCAGAGCUCAGUGUUGCUGCCGCUUCCACGCAUCACCUAUGCAAGACUAGCAAGCACACAUCAGGUUACUCACAUGGGGAGGCUGGAGGGAGUUACUCUUUCUGCAGGGGUGGUGGUGCUGCUUGGUGAACCUGAGGGGUGGAUGGCUGGCUGGCCAGUGCUCACAGCCCUGGCAGCAGCAGCAGACGUCUGAGCCAAUGCUGGAGAAUCCUGUCUAGAUACUACACAUUUUCUUCAGGCUCAGAGUGCCACGGAACUGGCUCACACCAGUGCUCGCUUGCUGCUUCCCAGGCUGGGCUGGCUAGAGGGAGUAACUCUCUGGGAGGAGAGAGGACACCCCAAAGCUCCUGGGGACCCACUGAGACAUUCCAGCUCCAGGCACAAGUUCUGCAUAUCCAUGCUGCGGAUCUGCAGCUGUGUGCAUGGAGCGGUACCAGGACCAUGGCUAUCUUUGAUUAGGGCAGGGUUACACUGCUGUUCUGUCUUACUGUCUGUCAGAAAUGUAGCUAGUUUUAUUUAAAAGCAUCCCCUGAAGUCUAACCAGGGCAUCUGAUCCUGGCUGGGGAGGCCUGAGAUGGCUCAUCCCAGCUUGGUCAACCAGCACCAUUCCAAGAAAUUGCUGGGCUGCAAGAGGGCCUUGCACUAAAAAGUUUUUCCUUUUCCAGCUGCUUGCCUGGGGUCAGCCACGCCCCACAGCCAAUUUUGGCUGGAGCCAGACUGGAAAGAGUCUUGACUCCUGGACUGCAAGCCAAGAGCCUGAGGGCGGCUGGCAUGGUCUUCCUUUCCUAUUCUUCUUGAUGAGUGAUUUAAGCCAAAACAGAAGCAGCGGAGAGGCCAGGCCAUGCUGGAAGACCCCUCUGCGCUGUAAACCUGAGUGUGGCAAGAUACUAUCUUGUUGGAGAGUGGCUCUGCUCUGGGAGGCACUGCAGGGGCUGGUUGCCCCCACAUUUGCUGGGGACUGGAGGGACUCCCUGGGCCAAGCUGGGCUCCUGAGCACUAAUAGGUGUUAGAAGUGCCUGGCCCCAGGGCUGUCAGCCGCUUCCACCUCGCUUCACAGAGAUGCAAAGGUCCCAGCCCAAGCCCUGUUGUUCAGCCUCUUGCCCCUGUGCCUCCCCAAGCACACACCACCCAUGUUAAUGUUUGCUCUCCCCAGCCACCUCUCCUGCGGCUGCAGCCAGUGACACUUGCAGUUGAGUAGCCAAGCCCUUGCCAGAGCAGUGAGUGCAGCCCCGCAGAUUGUGUUCCCCAGGGCCCAGCUUGUCCCAGGCACCUGCAGAGGUCCUCCUGCAAGAGGAGCCGGGGAGCUGCACCCUUCCCUGGGUGUGCCUCUGGAGACACCCGGGAGUGGGAGUGUGGCCACACUCCUGGCUGCAGGCAGCGGUGUUUGGUCGGGACCAGCUCAUGGAUCUUGGGGUGCAAUGUUUCCUACAUGAAUUACAGGGGGGAAGGACACCUCCCCAGGACUGCAGUUUCUCCCCUCAAACCCUUUUUCUAUUAUAGCAGCCACGCUUAUUGUUUUAGGGCCUGUUUGUUUGCUGCCUGUUUAUAAAAAAAGAGGAAGCUUUGCCUUAAGUUUAACUCUUUGCACUAUGGACUAGAUACUGAGCAGAUUAAAGUCUCC